CCGGCCCCGCCCCGCCCGCCAGCCCGCCAGCCGGCCGGGGCGCCUAACUCCCGCGCCCGCCGCGCUCGCCGCCACCCGCCCGGCUCUCCCGCACUCACCCACGUUCGCGUCCUCUCCACCAGCCGCAGCCAUGUGCCCCCGAGCCGCACGCGCCCCGGCCCUGCGGCUCCUGGCGCUGGGCGCUCUGCUGUGGCCCGCUGCCGGCGCCUGGGAGCUCACCAUCCUGCACACCAACGACGUGCACAGCCGCCUGGAGCAGACGAGCGCCGAUUCGAGCAAGUGCGUCAACGCUAGCCUCUGCGUGGGCGGCGUGGCGCGACUUUCUACCAAGGUGCGCCAGAUCCGCCGGGCGGAACCCCACGUGCUGCUGCUCGACGCCGGCGACCAGUACCAGGGCACCAUCUGGUUCACCGUGUAUAAGGGCGCCGAGGUGGCGCACUUCAUGAACGCCUUGGGUUACGAUGCCAUGGCCCUGGGAAAUCAUGAAUUUGAUAAUGGUGUAGAAGGACUGAUUGAUCCACUCCUCAAAGAGGCCAAAUUUCCAAUUCUGAGUGCAAACAUUAAAGCCAAGGGGCCGCUAGCGUCUCAGAUUUCAGGACUUUAUUCACCCUAUAAAAUUCUUCCUGUUGGUAAUGAAGUCGUGGGAAUUGUCGGAUACACUUCAAAAGAAACCCCUUUUCUCUCAAAUCCAGGAACAAAUUUAGUAUUUGAAGAUGAAAUUGCUGCACUGCAACCCGAAGUCGACAAGCUAAAAACUCUAAAUGUGAACAAAAUUAUUGCACUGGGACAUUCUGGUUUUGAAAUGGAUAAACUCAUCGCUCAGAAGGUGAAGGGCGUGGACGUGGUGGUGGGAGGACACACCAACACGUUUCUUUACACAGGCAACCCACCUUCCAAAGAGGUACCAGAGGGGCAGUACCCAUUCAUAGUCACCUCCGAUGAUGGCCGGAAGGUUCCUGUGGUCCAGGCCUAUGCUUUUGGCAAAUACCUGGGCUACUUGAAGGUGGAGUUUGAUGAAAAAGGAAAUGUCAUCACUUCACAUGGAAAUCCCAUUCUUCUCAACAGCAGCAUUCCUGAAGAUCCAACCAUAAAAGCAGACAUCAACAACUGGAGGGUAAAAUUGGAUAAUUAUUCGACCCAGGAGCUGGGGAAAACAAUCGUCUACCUGGAUGGCACCACUCAGUCCUGCCGCUUUCGGGAAUGCAACAUGGGCAACCUGAUCUGCGAUGCUAUGAUCAACAACAACCUCAGACACCCGGAUGAGAUGUCCUGGAACCACGUGUCCAUGUGCAUUUUAAACGGAGGUGGCAUUCGGUCGCCCAUUGACGAGCGGAACAAUGGCACAAUAACCUGGGAGAACCUGGCUGCUGUGUUGCCCUUUGGAGGCACCUUCGACCUGGUCCAGUUAAAAGGCUCCACCCUGAAGAAGGCCUUUGAGCACAGCGUGUACCGCUAUGGCCAGUCCACUGGGGAGUUCCUGCAGGUGGGCGGAAUUCACGUGACGUACGAUCUCUCCCGAAAUCCCGGGGACAGAGUGGUCAAAUUAGAUGUUCUUUGCACCCAGUGUCGCGUGCCCAGUUACGAGCCCCUCAGGACGGAUGAGGUGUAUAAGGUGAUCCUCCCCAGCUUCCUCGCCAGUGGUGGGGAUGGAUUCCGGAUGAUAAAAGAAGAGGCAUUAAAACAUGACUCUGGUGACCAAGAUAUCAACGUGGUUUCUGGAUACAUCUUAAAAAUGAGAGUCAUUUAUCCAGCAGUUGAAGGUCGGAUCCAAUUUUCUGCAGGAAGUCAAUGCCAUGGAAGUUUUUCUCUACUAUUUCUUUCACUUUUGGCAGUGACCAUUGCUUUAUACCAUUAGCCAAAAACUGUCCUUGCCAUUGAUGGAACUGCAUUUUUUUUUUCCUCAAGUGAGAUUCAAGCCUGACUUUCAGGAACUGGCUCUGCAACAGUUCAGACCAUUCUUGGCGUCUCCUAGAAGCUGAGCUUAGAGGGUCAUAAAUGAAGACACGAACAUCAUCGCUCAGGAUCGGCAACUUACAGAACGCACAGGAAAAGAAAUGAAAAUGGUCCCUGUGAGGAGAAGGCCAGCCGCUCUUAGUCUACAGGUGCAAAUUUUAAUAAUAAAAUUUUAUUAAUUUUAAGCCAUCGUUUUUCUCCUUUAUGUCCACUCUAAUCCAUCAAACAACUUAUGUUUACAUAGAACUCUAUCAUCUACAAGAGCGUUUUCAGCACAUUAUCUUCAUUUUUUUGGCCAUGCCCAUGGCAUGUGGAAGUUCCUGGGCCACAGAUGGAAUACUUCAGCAGGGACCCAAGCCGCUGCGAUGACAACUCAGCAUCUUUGAUCUGCUGCGCCACAAGAGAACUCCUUAAGCACAUUAUCUUACUUGAUGCCCAUAACUUCUUUGGUGGGUAAGACUGGUGUUGUUUUUCCCAAAUUACAGAUAAGGAAAUUAAAGCUCAAAAAGAAUUGACUAGUUUGAGGCCACAGAGCUAAAAGUGACAGAUCCUAGACCCACACCCAGGCCUUCUGACCUUGGUCCAGCACUCUUUCAACUGCAUCCAUUUGCUGUUCAGGAUGAUACUUAAUGGUCUUGUAAUUACCAAUAGCCCCAAACUGAUGGAUGAACAAGUCUCUGUUUUAUUACUGGUCUCUUUUUUUUUUUUUUUUCCUUUUUAGCUCAUGUUAUUUUAGUGAGUUUAAGAAACUAAACAAAGGGUGGUGUUCUCUCUUACACCACCUGUGUGCCUCUGUUUGAGGAGUCAGGGGACAAACGGUACAGCAGAUAAUGCAAAAGGCCAGGAGCUGCAAAAGGCAGUCAAGGGACAGGGAGAAAGAGAAGGAAAGACCAGGAUGCCCAGGACCGAUUUAUAUUAUAGAAGAGAAAGAGCUGAAGAGCAUUUAUACUUGUUAAAUAGAUGUCUGCCAAGGAGCAGCAGCAGACAGCCUGACACAUGGUGAUAGCUACUAAUUUUAUGAGAUUCUUUCAGUCUCCCACUGUGUUCCUUCCUCCCUUCUUCCCAGUGUGAAGGUGUUGUAAGAAGAGACUCUUCUAAGAAAAGGUGUAAUUCUAAACCCAUACCUGUCUCUCCCCAGCAAGAUACCAGCUCUGUUAUUCUAGUCUCUUCAAACACACACACACACACAUGCACACUCCACCCCCUCCCCCAGGCAUGGAAAAAUCCAGCAGGGGGACAAGGCUGCCUUCUUAAAGUUCUAUACAUAACUUUGAGGUCAACUCUGCCUCUCAAUCUGAACAGUUACUCUAAGUCAUUCUCAAGCACAGAUAUGAGAUCUUCUGCCUGAGAGUGGGCCCCUCUAAGUGGGUGCUCAAGAAAUACCCAACUGGUGGAGUUCCCGUCAUGGCGCAGUGGUUAACAAAUCCAACUAGGAACCAUGAGGUUGCGGGUUCGAUCCCUGGCCUUGCUCAGUGGUUUAAGGAUACGGCAUUGCUGUGAGCUGUGGUGUAGGUUGCAGACGCAGUUCAGAUCCCACGUUGCUGUGGCUCUGGCGUAGGUCGGCAGCUACAGCUCCAAUUCAACCCCUAGCCUGGGAACCUCCAUGUGCCGCAGGAGCAGUCCAAGAAAUGGCAAAAAGACAAAGAAAAAGAAAAAAAGAAAUACCCAGCUGGUGAAAUCAAUGAUUUACGUACAAAGGACUAAUACUAAAAAGGGAUAAUGAAACCAUGUGAGCCUGCUCAUCAUUGUAUAAAUGGUUCAACAAGAAAUGGGAAACUUCAGCUUAAAAAAAGAGUGAGCAAACAGCUAAAGGUUUGAAGAGGGAGUAUGACUGUUUCUUAAUGUUUACAAAUAGUAUGUAUUCGUGAUACAAAAUACACUUUUAAAUUUCAACUUUGUGAAGGUUGUUGCAGUAAAAUAAUGCCUUAGGUUCUAUGUAUAUACAGAUUGGCUAGAAAUAAACAAAUGUCAGUAAGACUAAAACUGAAGAAAGGUGCAUUUGGGGUAUAUUUUUUAUGCUUGGCCAAUACAACCGGGUAAAUCCUAUUGGAGACCACAUUUUUAUAGAACAUUUUUGUAAGUCUUCUAAACAUACAUGCAUGUAUUAUUUAGUGGUUUAAGAAAUGACCUAAAAACACUGCAAUUAUAAGUUCCAAACAAUAAACUGAAGAUAUGCUUCUUGUC